AUGUUGCUCUGCAGCCUGCUGAAGGUGGUCACAGCUUCAAUGUGGCUAGGAUCUGGUAUUGCCCAGAAGGUAACCCAGGUCCAACCAGCAAUGUUGGUGCAGGAGAAGGAGGCUGUGACUCUGGACUGCACAUAUGACACCAGUGAUAGUCGUUACACUCUAUUCUGGUACAAGCAGCCCAGCAGUGGGGAGAUGCUUCUCCUUAUUCGUCAGGACUCCUAUAACCAGCAAAAUGCAACAGAAGGUCGCUACUCAUUGAAUUUCCAGAAGGCCAACAAAAGCAUCAAGCUUGUCAUCUCAGCUUCACAAGUGGGGGACUCAGCGAUCUAUUUCUGUGCCCUGAUGGAGCCCACAGUGAGAGAAUUGUUGGAGGGAGGUGUGAGGAGCCAACAGAAGGAGGUGGAGCAGACUCCCGAAUCCCUCAGUGUUUCUGAGGGAGCCACGGCCUCUCUCAACUGCACUUAUAGCAACACUGCUUCUCAGUACUUCGCGUGGUACAGACAAUAUUCUGGGAAAGGCCCUGAGUUGCCGGUGUCCAUAUACUCCACUGGUGACAAAGAAGAAGAAGGAAGGUUUACAGUGCAGCUCAAUAAAGGCAGCCGAUAUGUUUCCCUGCUCAUCAGAGACUCGCAGCCCAGUGACUCAGCCACCUACCUCUGUGCAGUCAGCACACAGUGCUCCCCAGGCACCUGCAGCCUGCACCCAAACCUGCUGGGGCCCCAGCAAUGCCUGAUACAGAACUUAGAUUGCAGGGCAGAGGAGUUCUCUUUGCUCUCUAGAGGUGUAAGUGGAGGAGAGAAUGUGGGGCUGCAUCCUCCUACCCUGAAUGUCCAGGAAGGAGACACCUCUGUUAUCAACUGUACUUAUUCAAACAGCGCCUCGAACUACUUCCCUUGGUAUAAGCAAGAGCUUGGAAAAGGUCCUCAAUUCAUCAUAGACAUUCGUUCAAAUAUGGACAACAAGCAAGAACAAAGAUUCACCGUUUUAUUGAAUAAGACGGCCAAACAUCUCUCCCUGCACAUUGCGGGCACCCAAGCUGGAGACUCAGCUGUCUACUUCUGUGCGGAGACGCAGCAGCAGCAGCAGCACAUAGCCCAGUAA